AUGCAGCUCAUCGACAUUUUCACCCUUCUCGUGCGGCUCGCCGAGCUUGCCUUCGCCGCGGUCGUUGCGGGCCUCAACGGCGAGUACCUGCGCGCAACGCGGGCCACCGACUCAUGGCUGCUCGGCCGGCAGAUCUACACCGAAGUGAUUGCGGUCUUUGCGAUGGUUACGGCGCUCUUCUUCCUGAUUCCCCUUCAGGCCUACGCCCAUAUCCUCCGCUGGCCGGCGGAUCUUGUGCUGAGCGCCGCGUGGUUUGUGGCGUUCGGGCUGCUAGUGGAUUGGGUCGGUGACAGCUGCGGCAAUGUCUUUGACUGGAACACCAUCUCCUUCCGCGGCGCGGCGUCGUGCUCGCAGGUCAAGGCGACUAUUGCGUUUUCGUUCUUGAGCGCCCUCUUCUGGCUCACGAGCGCCAUCAUGGGGUAA